AUGGGCAGCAGUGGUGCUCAUGCUCGAGGAACUGACCUGCAGCAGGGGCUGCCCUCCCCCGCGGCACCCCCUCUCGCGAGUCUGCAGCAGCCUCACCACGAGUCGCAACGCGCGUUCGCGCCAUCGUCCACACUGCCUCCUAAGACAGCUGGCAGUCUCGCCUCUGCACAAGCUGGAUCGCUAUCAGCAGGCUUAGCAGGUGGAGAAGAGCUGCUGGGCGGACCGCUGCCCGUCGAUCUACGGGGAAAGACAGCCUUCGUAGCCGGGGUGGCAGACAGCAACGGCUAUGGCUGGGCGAUCUGCAAGCUGCUCAGAGCUGCAGGCGCGCGCGUGCUAGUCGGCACAUGGCCUCCCGUCUACUCCAUCUUCAUGAAAGGUCUCGAGGGCAGUCGCUUCCACGCCGAUAGCACCUACUCCCAGGAGCCAGAGGGCGACGCUGAGACGCGCGAGGCGGCCGAAAAGAUGGUCGAUAUGCAGUUUGCCAAGGUUUACCCGUUAGACGCAGUCUUCGAUACACCAGACGACGUGCCCCCAGAGAUCGCGAACAAUAAGCGAUACGCUGGUGUGGGGGGAUACUCCAUUUCCGAAGUGGCCGCCGCCGUGAAGGCCGAUGGAGAGCAAAUCGACAUCCUCGUGCACUCCCUUGCAAACGGCCCCGAGGUGACGAGGCCUCUUCUGCAAACCUCGCGAAAAGGGUAUCUUGCGGCAGUUAGCAGCAGCAGCUACUCGUUCGUUUCCAUGCUGCAGCACUUUCUGCCCCUUAUGAAGAAGGGCAGCAGCGCUUUGGCCCUCUCCUAUAUCGCCUCCGAGCGGGUUAUUCCAGGGUAUGGUGGGGGCAUGAGUAGUGCAAAAGCUGCAUUAGAGUCGGACUGCCGCACGCUGGCCUACGAAGCGGGAAGGGCCGGAGGCGUGCGGGUGAACUGCAUCAGUGCGGGGCCUCUCAAGAGUCGCGCAGCCUCGGCUAUUGGCAAGUCGGGAGACAAGACGUUCAUUGAUCUCGCGAUCGAUUACUCGAAGGCGAAUGCACCCUUGGAGCGAGACUUGGACAGCGACGAUGUGGGCCGAGCCGCCCUCUUUCUGCUCUCCCCUCUGGCGCGCGGCGUCACAGGAACGACGCUGUACGUAGACAACGGCCUGCACGCGAUGGGUCAAGCCCUGGACUCCAAGGCCCUUACUCCAUGA